GCCUCUCCAGGUCGGGACGGUGGCGCGCGGGGUCCGUCGCGCUGGAUUUCCGAGGGGUGGCGGUGGGAGCUCACCUGUUUCCUUCCCUCUCUCGCCAGCCCCUCCGCCGUCCCUCCUUCUCUUGCCCUCCUUUCCUUCCCCUCCCCACCCCCCAAGUGGCAGUCGCCGUGGCCCGAGUUGACUGGAGUUCUGUGCUAGUGGGAUCGAACGCCAAUCUCCCAUCUCCCACUUUGGGAAAAACGUCCAGAGUUCGGAUUCCCUUCCCCUCCCCCAGCAAAACGAAACAAGACUUACACACAGCUGGCUGGCCGUGGGUUUUAAAUACCAACACUCAGAGGGCUAUAUGUAUCUGGAGGGGACUUCACCUCCUCUUUGUUCCAGGGUGCGGUUCCCCGGUGCUCGCCCGAGACCCAGCUGGUUCGAGUUCCCCCAAAUAUAGGUGGGGGUGGGAUUGCUACCUCGGGACACCUUUGCUUCCCUCUUUUGCCAGGGAUUUCAAGUGUGGGAUCCGGGCGAAAAGGGGAUUGUGGGACGACCUUGGAAGCUCUCAUGCUAGAUAGAAUUCGAAUGCAUUUGCCCAUUUAAAAUAAACCUUAAAAAAAAUGUCCAAGUUGUUACCCCAUUCAAACUUGCGCCUUCCUUCCUGUGUACGCCCCCUGGGAACCGCAGUUUGACCCGCGCUGCCUGAAGCUCAGCUUCCCCUCGCGGGUCCCCAAGCGCGCCGGGAUCUUCCCCUCUCCCCCCCAACGCGUCCAGCGCCUCUGCGGGUCCUCCUCCCGCUCGGGGCGGAGCUUAGCUCCCGCCGCCUCAGGUCGGAUCCGCACGUGCCGCGGCCGGUGACCACGUGAGCGCAGCGUCCCGGGGGCUCCGGAGGCGCCAGGUCCCUGGCCCUGCGCAGCGGAGGUUGGGGUGACCAGAAUUCAGUGUGGUGGACUCACGACCAACUUCGGAAGGAAGGUUACGAGGGGUGUUGGGUCCGACUCGACUGACCACUGCUCUAAGCAGUGUUGGGGCAAUGCCUGGGCUGCCCGAGCCCUUGAAGUUCAAGAAGAAGCACCUGGACUUCUCAUGAUGGGAGGUCAGAGUCAAUCUGUGUUUUGGGGUGAUAUUGCCUUAGAUGAUGAAGACUUAAGUAUCUUUCAAAUUGAUAGGACAAUUGACCUUACACAGAAUCCCUUUGGACUUGGACAUACCACAGGUGGAUUUGGAGACCAUAGUAUGUCAAAGAAACGAGGGGCUCUCUACCAGCUUAUAGACAGGAUAAGAAGAAUUGGCUCUGGCUUGGAGCAAAACAACACAGUGAAGGGAAAAGUACCUCUAAAAUUCUCAGGGCAAAAUGAGAAAAAUCGAGUUCCCAGAGCUGCUACAUCGAGAACAGAAAGAAUAUGGCCCGGAGGUGUUAUUCCUUAUGUUAUAGGAGGCAACUUCACUGGCAGCCAGCGAGCCAUGUUCAAGCAAGCCAUGAGGCAUUGGGAAAAGCACACGUGUGUGACUUUUAUCGAAAGAAGUGAUGAAGAGAGUUACAUUGUAUUCACGUAUAGACCUUGUGGAUGCUGCUCUUAUGUGGGUCGGCGUGGAAAUGGGCCUCAGGCAAUCUCUAUUGGCAAGAACUGUGAUAAAUUUGGAAUUGUUGUUCAUGAAUUGGGCCAUGUGAUAGGCUUUUGGCAUGAACACACACGACCAGAUCGAGAUAACCAUGUCACUAUCAUAAGAGAAAACAUCCAGCCAGGUCAAGAAUACAAUUUUCUGAAGAUGGAGCCUGGAGAAGUAAACUCACUUGGAGAAAGAUACGAUUUUGACAGUAUCAUGCACUAUGCCAGGAACACCUUCUCAAGGGGGAUGUUUCUGGAUACUAUUCUCCCAUCUCGUGAUGAUAAUGGCAUACGUCCUGCAAUCGGUCAGCGAACCCGUUUAAGCAAAGGAGAUAUUGCACAGGCAAGAAAGCUGUAUAGAUGUCCAGCAUGUGGAGAAACCCUUCAAGAAUCCAAUGGCAACCUUUCCUCUCCAGGAUUUCCAAAUGGCUAUCCUUCUUAUACACACUGCAUCUGGAGAGUUUCAGUGACCCCAGGGGAGAAGAUCGUUUUAAAUUUUACCACGAUGGACCUAUACAAGAGCAGCUUGUGCUGGUAUGACUACAUUGAAGUAAGAGACGGCUGCUGGAGGAAAUCACCCCUCCUUGGUAGAUUCUGUGGGGACAAGUUGCCUGAAGUUCUUACAUCUACAGACAGCAGAAUGUGGAUUGAGUUUCGUAGCAGCAGUAAUUGGGUGGGAAAAGGCUUUGCAGCUGUCUAUGAAGCAAUCUGUGGAGGUGAGAUACGUAAAAACGAGGGACAGAUUCAGUCUCCUAAUUAUCCUGAUGACUACAGACCGAUGAAGGAAUGUGUGUGGAAAAUAACAGUGUCAGAAGACUACUAUGUCGGAUUGACCUUUCAGGCCUUUGAGGUUGAAAGACAUGACAACUGUGCCUAUGACUACCUAGAAGUUCGAGAUGGAAACAGUGAAAAUAGCCCUUUGAUAGGGCGUUUCUGUGGUUAUGAUAAACCUGAAGAUAUCAGAUCUACCUCCAACACCUUGUGGAUGAAAUUCGUUUCUGACGGAACUGUGAACAAGGCUGGGUUUGCUGCCAAUUUUUUUAAAGAGGAAGACGAGUGCGCCAAACCUGACCGUGGGGGCUGUGAACAGCGAUGCCUGAACACACUGGGCAGUUACCAGUGUGUGUGUGAGCCCGGCUACGAGCUGGGACCUGACAAGAGGGGCUGUGAAGCGGCUUGUGGCGGACUUCUUACCAAACUUAAUGGCACUAUAACCACUCCAGGGUGGCCCAAGGAGUACCCUCCUAAUAAAAACUGUGUGUGGCAAGUGGUUGCACCAACCCAAUACAGAAUUUCUAUGAAGUUUGAGUUUUUUGAAUUGGAAGGCAAUGAAGUUUGCAAAUAUGAUUAUGUGGAGAUUUGGAGUGGCCUUUCCUCGGAGUCUAAAUUGCAUGGAAAAUUUUGUGGUGCUGAAGUGCCUGAAGUGAUCACAUCUCAGUUCAACAAUAUGAGAAUUGAAUUCAGAUCUGACAACACUGUAUCCAAGAAGGGCUUCAAAGCACAUUUCUUCUCAGACAAAGAUGAAUGCUCUAAGGAUAAUGGCGGGUGUCAACAUGAGUGUGUCAACACAAUGGGGAGCUACAUGUGUCAGUGCCGUAAUGGAUUUGUGCUGCAUGAAAAUAAACAUGACUGCAAGGAAGCUGAGUGCGAACAGAAGAUCCACAGUCCAAGUGGCUUCAUCACCAGUCCAAACUGGCCAGACAAGUAUCCAAGCAGGAAGGAAUGCACGUGGGAAAUCAGUACCACUCCUGGCCAUCGGAUCAAAUUAGCCUUUAGUGAGUUUGAGAUUGAGCAGCAUCAGGAGUGUGCUUAUGAUCACUUGGAAGUAUUUGAUGGAGAAACAGAAAAAUCACCAAUUCUUGGACGACUAUGUGGCAGCAAGAUACCAGAGCCCCUUGUGGCCACCGGAAAUAAAAUGUUUGUUCGGUUUAUUUCUGAUGCAUCUGUUCAAAGAAAAGGCUUUCAAGCCACACAUUCUACAGAGUGUGGCGGCCGACUGAAAGCGGAACCAAAACCCAAAGAUCUAUACUCGCAUGCUCAGUUUGGUGAUAACAACUACCCAGGACAGGUCGACUGUGAAUGGCUGGUAGUGUCAGAGCGUGGCUUUCGCCUGGAGUUAUCCUUCCCGAUUUUCGAGGUGGAGGAAGAAGCGGACUGUGGCUAUGACUAUGUUGAGCUCUUUGAUGGUCUCGAUUCGACAGCGGUGGGGCUUGGUCGAUUCUGUGGAUCAGGGCCACCAGAAGAAAUCUACUCCAUUGGGGAUGCGGUUUUAAUUCAUUUUCACACUGAUGACACAAUCAACAAGAAAGGAUUUCAUAUAAGGUACAAAAGUAUUAGAUAUCCAGACACCAUGCAUACCAAAAAAUAACACCAAAACCUCCAUCAGAACAUCAAGGAAUGUGCGGAAUGGAGAGAAGACGUAUUUUUUUUUAAAUGAAGAUAUUAGCACAAAUGUUUUAUAUAACGAGUGUGAACAGAAGAAAACUGUAAGACCAGAAUUAUCUCUGUACUACAAGAGAAGUUUUCACCUAACUCUGAUCAGCAUUACCAGGAGAUUGGAGCUCCAUGCUUGAUGGUAUAAAUCGAAAUAAAGCUGGCGGAAGGGCGUCAUGUUACUUCAAGGAAGACUCCACAAGCUUUUGUUGACAGCUUGAUGCAGAUGCCUUGCAAUUCAAGCAGUUCAGUUCAGGGUCUGUGACCUUGCAAAGUGUUCUUUUUGACAAUUCUUCAACAUUUGGGAGAAAUAAAAUGGUCUUGCAGGUCAUAUACAGAAAAACCCUCUUCCUGCGUCUGAGGAUAAUUGCUUUGGCUUUGUAUCUUGGAUGCAGAUCCGUAUAGGAUGUUGGGAAAUGGGAGUCUUUUGAGGGUGCUUUGUACUUUAAUUGUGGGUGUGUCCGAUGUUUGGAAACUGGAAUACUUCAGCUUAGUCACUUUCCUUGCAGGCCAGAUUCACCUCUUUGAGACGCAAAUGAUCUUGUGACCACUUCAUUUUACUGGCAUUUUGACAAGUUGGAAAUGUCAGUAGUGUCCAUUAUUGCAAUUAAUCUCUAGACAUCAUUUAUUUAAAUGCUGGAAAAUGCCCAUCUGAUUGGUAAACUCAGUUCUUUCAGUGAAAGUGCUGCCUUUUCACACCAAACUUAAGAAACGCUGUGAUGUCUUAGAACUGCGUGAGAGAACUCCCAACAGGUGUGAACAGAAUUCUUCUAGUGACUGCCUGGAUGGUCCAUUCUCAAGUCACCAGAGCUGCUAUCGUCUUUUCUGUUGUUGUCAACCUGUCGUAGCUGUUAUUGCUGACGUUGUCAUGGUUAAUGUUGUAUUUAAAAAAAAAAAAGAAAGAAAGAAAGAAACGAAAUGUAAGUAGGCCAUGUAGUCAUUGAAAGAUUUCUUUCUUUCUCUCUCUCUCAUUCUCUCUCUCUCUUUCUUCUUGGGAUUCAGUUGAAAAAGGAUUUGUUUCCGAAAGACUUUCUAUGGUGCUAUUCCAUAAACGUUUUUUUUUUUUUAAACAAAAUUUUUGACCUUUGAGCCAACCACCUGUAGACUAUGAAUGUCUCCCUAUGUCUGUCUGGUGGCAUUUGAAGACUAAAGACUUGUCAAACGUAUCAAGAGUAUAUCAUUGCAAGGGCAGCACUUGUCCUGUGGAACAACUACUUAUAAUGCCUUAGAAUUCUUGCACAUGAUCAAACAGAUCCUCCUAGAGACACACAUUUCAAAAGGUUGAACUUAAUAAUGUAUGUGAAUUAGCAACUCCAUGAGGAAAACCCAUUUCCGUGACUGAGAACAUCGGGUAUAAAUACAGUGUCUUGCUUUUGUUGUAGAAAAUGAAUUUUCUGCUUUAAAGCCAUGCGUGUUUUUAAUAUUGUGUGUGUAUAUGUGAGGUUGUCUGGGUGAGCAGAGCUAUAAGAAGGUGAAACGUAGUGGGGGAUGGAAAAGUUAGAAUUUAUGUGCCAAGUUCUACUUAGAAUCCUGUCUGAAGUAGCACCUUUCUUAGGAGAUUUCAUGGACAAUUAAUAGGAACUUCUAAUUAUUAUCAACCCCAUUAUAAAAAUGGCUUUUUCCUUUACAGAAACUCUGUUUUGAUAUGUUUUGAUGUUGACGUAGAUUACUACGUGAAAUACCUUAGUUUCUGUUACCUGUCCAUGAACAUUUGACAUUCAAUAAAAUUGGGUAUUUCUCUUCAUUUUUACAAAUUAAACUAUACACACAGGU